AUGAGCAAAGCUAAGCUGAGAACUAGGCUGGGCUGGUACCGGAAGCCGGACAUUUGCCAACAUGCGGCUACCGAAAUCUGGUCCAAAAAAGACAUACAGACACAAACGAGCAGGUGUAGGGGCAGGAAAGGUCUCAUCAAUCUCUGGUGUGAGGAAUAUGGUAUUCCAAACGGGUCUGACGCCAGGCCAGGACUCUACAAGCCUCUACUGCUGGCCCCCUUUUGGCACCGUUUCAGCCGCUUGAACCCACUCAUUUCACUUUCAGCUUGCUUUCAACGCCAGCCACUUUGCUCCUCCUUUUCUGGUCUCCACGAUGCCCAUCUACCAGUCGGUCAGCCCACGCCUCAAGCAAACUUCUGCUUGCCUUCUGAGGGCCAGUCUACCUUCCGAGUCAACUCCAUUUUAGCGUUAGUGAGUAGGUUUUGUCACUCACUCGAGGUCGUGACAGUCAUUGCAGGAGCCACUUUCAAUCUGACUUUAUCCUCCAGUCAGCACAGACAUGGUGGCAUCCGCUUGUUAUGA